AUGUCUUUGACCGCCUCUACACCAUCUUCCGACAUUGUAUCCAUGACUGAGAACCCACCAUUCGACUGGUUAACGGUCUCUCCAGCUGAAGAAAACUUCUUCUCGAACGAUCGGAGGACAAAGCUGCGAUUUCAUACAGCUCCAUCAGGCAGCCACGUGAGCACUCGCCAUGGUUCAGCCUACAUCUAUCGUGGUCGAACACAGGGCACCGCCAGCCAAGGCACCAUUACGGAUGGAAACGAAUUAGUCCCGACCCAUUCAAACACUCAGCGCUUGCAGACUAGAGGAGGUAUGGGGCUCAAGCAAUACUCCAUCGUCGAUGAAUCUUUCUAUAAGGUGAGGAGUGCAGGAGUUCACAGGAUUAGCGAAUUUGUCAUAAAACCUGACGAAGGUUGGGAGGUAUCUGUCUCGAACACUGGAGAUUCUAUGACUUUUACACCCUCAUCAGAAAACGGGGCAUUCCAGUUGAUCGAAUCUGCCUGCGAGCCUCAUCCGAAUCGCGCACUCGUUCAAUUAGUAUUUGAGAGGUCCGGUUGGCUCGGAUAUGGAUCCAAUCUUGAACCGCAAAGUCAACCUAUGCUAGACAAUUUCGACGCUGCAGAAUCAGGUUGUCUGUACUACAUCUGGCGGGAUCUGGGUAAUGAUGAUACCAGAACAGGGACUUUUAGUCCUGAUCGUUAUUACGCUCAAGGCGCUCUAGGAAGGUAG